GUAGCGGCCCGCCCAUAUUAAGGUUUGUGUGGAAAUGCCCAUCUGCCGGAGAGGGGGAGCGGCCGCCGCCUCCCGUAAGACUGAGGCAGCAAGAACCACUCCGCCGCCGCGCCGCGCCGAGCCGCGCCGCGCGGUCUCUCCCGGAAGGCCACCUGCUCGACGGAAUGUCCCGGAGGACCACCACCGCGCGGUGGGUGCCGCGUGACCGGCCGGAGCCGGCGGGGAGGUCUGGUACCGGCGCGCCGGGUCGUGCAUCCCACGCGCUCGGCCAAAUGCCUCGGAGGAGGACCACCACCACCACCGCGCGGUGGGUGCCGCGACAAGGGCAGAAGGGGGAGCCCGGUGGCUCAGGCCACGCCGCCGCCCCCGUCGACCGACUCAGCGCCCUCCCGGACACGCUCCUGCACCACGUCAUGUCGUUCCUCAAGGCGUGGGAGGUGGUGCGCACCUGCGUGCUCUCCCGCCGCUGGCGCGACCUCUGGGCCUCCGCGCCGUGCGUCGACAUCCGCCUGCGGGGCUCCGGCCGCGACGGCGCCCCACCGGAGGACUUCGGCAGGUUCGUGUACCGCCUGUUGCUGGCGCGGGAGGUGUCGGCCCCUGUGGAUACGCUCCGGCUACGGUCGAGCAACGGGGAAGAAUAUGCCGAGACCUAUGACAAUGAUGAUGUCAAUAUCUGGAUAUGUUCUGCAAUCAAACGCAAUGUUCGAGUCAUUCACCUUAAUGGGCAUCGCAAGGAUGAACUGGUGCUGGAGCACACUGCUUUUGUCUCUCACCACCUCAAGAUCUUGAAGCUGUCGCACAUCAAACUUGAUGGCAAGAUCCUCAAGCAGCUCUCUUCUCAGUGCACUUCUCUGGAAGACCUGGAGCUUAACAACUGUCCAGUUAAUGGUGGUGAGAUUCUGUCUGUCUCGCUGAAGAAACUGACGAUGGUCAAGUGCUCGAUCACUAUGGACCUCUCGAUCUGUGCUCCAAACCUUGAGUUGCUAUGCUGCAUCACCCCAUAUUAUCAUGUUCCCUUGUUCGAAAACCUGAGCUCACUGGUUGCCGCCACUAUCAUGCUUGAUGACUCUUUCUUACGCCGUGAUGAAUUCCUCUAUGAGGUUGAAGAGGAAACCAGUGAUGAUGAGGAUGACAAUAAGACUACAUCAGAUCAUUGUGAUAGUAAAAUGGAUGCUGAUAGUGAUGCCUAUGAUGAUGAUGACAACGAUGACAUCCUAUAUGAUGAAUAUCUGAACAGCCGUCAUGGUAAUUUGGUUGAUGAUUACAAUUAUGGCUCUGAUAUUGACAGCGAUGACGAUCUACAUGAAUAUAGUCAGAUAGCACAUGAAUGUAGAGGUGGACGGUAUGGCUACUGCCAUGACAGCAAACGGCGUGGUAGUUAUUAUGAGACAUGCAAGCUUGCUGAUUCUUUCAGUGGCAAGUAUUUACUUCGCAGCCUUUCGAGUGCUAGAAGCUUGGAGUUAUUAGCUCAUUCAGGGGAGGUGGUCAUGGUUAGGGAACUGAGAAGGUGCUCAACAUUUGGCAACUUGAAGACUUUAUCCCUUGGAGAGUGGUGUAUGGCUGCUGAGUUUGAUGGAUUAAUUUUCUUACUUCAGGAGUCACCUAAUUUGGAGAUGCUUUUUCUUAAGCUUGAAUUGAGCUAUAGUAACAAGGAGGCAAUAAAUAUUGGUUUCGAACUAAAGGAAAGAUCGUUUGCCUGCAAAAAUCUUGAAGUGGUGAAUAUCAGAUGCUCUAAAGAUGAUGAAAGAGUCCAUAUGUUAGCAGAAAUCUUUGUUGCUAAUGGGUUACCCAUUGAGAAGAUUUAUGUCCGCAGGACAGGCAGCACCUACCUCCGUAGCAUGAAAAUUAUAAGGGAAAUGGCCAGGGAUGAGCUAUGAGAAGCUGGGGAGUACGUUCUGUAAUGCCUAUAAACACCAUGGAAGCAGAGAAUUUAUGCAGACAUUCAAUUAAUUGUUCAAAUCAAUCUGAUGAGUGCAAAAAAAAAAAUUCUUUUUAUAGAUUCUAAGGGCCUGAUGCAAACAAAGUUCGACUACAAGCAUACUGCUUACUCAUCCAAAGCUGUGAUCGAGCUUACCUGAGAGGUUGAGACGAAGAAUUUUUGAGUAAAGGAGUAACUAUGUAAUUAUUUAGGUAAAUUUUAGUAUUCUCCUCGAUCUGCACAUUCUUCCACUUGAGCAUCCACUUUUGAUGGGCAUGUGUGGUGUUUGCUGAUGCUUGACCAAAGUUUGUCUUGACUCUGGCUUAGAAGCUUCUCCAUCAUCCUUUGGGCAUUAUGAAACCGUGAAUGGCUUUUGGAAUAUCUCUGAUGCUGCGGCUAGACUGCCAAUAGUAAACAGCUUCAGUUAGUGCUA